AUGAAAAGAAAAAUGCCGCAACCAAAAUCUAAAGCUUCUCGUGGUGGAGGCUCCGCUGCUGCUUCUUCAUUAAACACACGUCCCAAGAAGGUCAAAAAGGCUCAAUCCCAUCAAGCAGAAAUUCUUCAAAGCUCGGAUUUGAUCAUGCAAAGUAUUUUAUCAUGUUUUGAAUUAUCGGAGGUGUUGAAUGAAAUGGCUUUUAUUUCUUCCAAGUUUUAUCAAGUGAGCAGAAGUGAGAAGUUUUGGUCUGGAUAUAAUGUAUGGGCUUCUGUGAGGGAUCCUCCUCCAAUGUUCUAUGCUAAUUUAUUUAUGAAGUGCUUUGGUGCUAGCUGGACAAGUUUAACAUUGUCGAGUGAAGCCUUGCUCUCAGACUCAUUCAAAAGGAGGAAUAAUCAAGUGAACCUUCCAAACUUUAAAAAUUUGCAUACUUUAGAGUUUGAAUGGAGUUUUGAUGAGGUUUUAAACGAAAAAGAGAAUAAUAUAGUGUUGAGCAAUUUGGUUGACUUGUUAUGCCAAACUCCAUCUUUGACACAGUUCAAUUUAAAGCUAGCUGGUGAAUCGAUUCCAAAUUUUUCAAGCAAUGCUCUAGAUGGCAUGAAGAAAGCGUUGCAAGGCUCUUUUAAAUUCAAAAAUAUUACUAUUAUUCUUGGUGGAGUUCUUGAAGGAGAAAAUAAGAAUAUUAUGAGCGAAUUCGUUUCAAAUUUAUUAACACAAUCGUCUUCAACAUUGGAAAGCCUAAUUAUUCGCUCUGUAGGCACAAUAGAUGCACAAAAGUAUCUCAAAUCGAUCAAAUAUCCAGCGCUGAAAAAUAUUGAAAUCAAACUCGUUGAAAGAAUUCGCUCAACUGGUGAGACGUCACAAGCCAUUCAAGAAAUUAUUAUGAAUAAUGCAGAUCAUCUCGAGAGUAUUCAAGUUGAAAAUGAUGAAGGUGUUAGUAUUGUAUCCUUGGUGAGCACUAUUAUGUCUCUCUCUUCCCAAAAAAAGCUCACAAAGUUGAAAAAGUUAAUAUUUGGUGGGUCUGACAAUAUGGACACUUUAAAUUCCACAGAAAUACAAGCGCUCACCAAUGCACUCCCAAGCUUGGAAACUCUUGUUAUCAAAGACAUAUUAUAUGGGACAUGGUUAAGAAAUUUCUUGCAAUCCACAGUGCAACAUUCCAACAAGUUAAAGGUCUUCAAGUUGAAAGGAAUCGAACCUUCUGAAUCAAAUGGAUACAUUGACGAAUGUCUAGAAGGUUUAGUUUUACCAACCUCCAUCACAAAGUUUUCUUUGAAACGAACGCCAGUUACAAACCAAGUACUCAAACAGUUGCUUUCGGGAGGUCAAUAUUCCAACUUAAAAGCUCUUUCGUAUGGUACAGAGGGCGUUGACUUGUUUUACAUUAAUGACAGUGGACUGAAUGAAGAUACUCUCAGUUACAUCCUUCCACUCUGUCCACGCUUAGAAAGCCUCUGGGUUUGUGAUUCAAUGGUCAAACGUUUGCUUCCUAUUGUUGCCAAGUUCACUCCUAAUUUAUUAUCACUUUCAUAUCAAUGUCUAGAGUUUAGAGGAAGAGAACUCGUAGAAAAUUAUGAAGCACCAUCACCAAAUAUUUCUCCAUUGUUAUCCAAUCUCAUGUCAUUAGAAUUGUUGAUUACUUGUAGUAACGAUGAACUGUCAAGAAUAUUGUCUUAUACUCCCAACAUUGUGUAUCUACAAUUACUCUCCAGUAACUUAUCAGGACAAGUCAUUGAGGUUUUAUCAGAGUCGAAGUGUGCCUCAAAACUUGUAGGUAUUUCGUUGAUCGAUCCAUAUUAUGAGGAAAAGAGGCCGUGCAUUUGUGACGCUGAAAAAAGCGAGUUGAAACAGCAAAAUUUCAAACUUGCAAACAUGUUCAAAAGGUUAGAGACUUUGGAAUAUUCUAUUGGUCAUCACUUAAUAUCUCUCAAGUUGAUGAUUGCUAUUGUUUGUUACUCUCCUAGUUUGGAAGAGGUAAUAUUGAACGGAAGAAACGUAUUAGAGGGCGUUGAUAUGGACAACUUGUGCAUGGAAGAACUCGUUGAAUUAAUCGAAUCACACAUGAAAAAGAAGAAGAAGCAUCAGGAGGUUGACGAAUUUAGCUUAAUACUUGACAUUACAGUUCCUAGAAUAACAGACCAACUUAAAGUGAGACAAUUUUCCAAAGAUAGAAUUGAAGAUCUGCUCGAAACAUCGGUUGCACUUGUGAGUGGAGAAAUUGCUGAACGAGUCGAAUAUCAAGGUAUUAGUUUGAUACACCAUUUACUGUUGAAUGCUCUGAAUGGAGAUGAUGAUGAACAAGAGGAACAAAUUGAAAAAAAACAAACCUCAGAGGACGAAGAUUGGGAAGAUGAUGAAUAA